CCUGCCAAAAACGAAACAUAAACAAGAGUAGUUAACCUCGAAAGUGUAAGGUGUAAAGUAUAUAGUGGCUGAAAAACGUAACCAAUAAAUUUUUCAAACUAGUAGAAAACAGCAGAGAUGGGUGAAAGGAAGGGCCAAAAUAAAUAUUACCCACCGGAUUAUGAUCCAAAGGUGGGUGGUCUGAAUAAGUUCAAAGGAGUCCAUGCACUCAGAGAGAGGGGCCGGAAGGCCCAUCUGGGCAUCCUCAUCAUCCGCUUUGAGAUGCCCUACAACAUUUGGUGCGAUGGAUGCAACAACCACAUAGGUAUGGGUGUGAGAUACAAUGCUGAAAAGAAGAAAACUGGGAUGUACUAUACCACACCAGUAUAUGAAUUCAACAUGAAAUGCCAUCUGUGCGAUAACCAUUUCAUAAUAAAAACAGAUCCUGGGAAUCUAGACUAUCAGAUAAUAUCAGGUGCGAGGAGGCAGGAAAACCGAUGGGAUCCUCUACAAAAUGAGCAGAUUGUCCCAGAGACUAAAGAGACUCAAAAGAAGUUAUUUGAUGAUUCCAUGUAUAAAUUGGAGCAUGGGAAUGCAGAUGCUAGUAUAGCUGAGUCAUCUAAACCUAGACUUGUUAAUUUGUUUAAUAGAAAUGAAGAUACUUGGGCAGAUAAUUACACUGCUAAUCAGAAGUUGAGAGCAGCUUUUAGGAGUCAGAGCAAGGAGGUGAAGAUGAAGGCAGCUGUGGAUAAUGCAUUGCUAAAGAAAUCAAGUUUGAAUAUUGCCCUGCUUCCUGAAAGUGAGGAAGAUAGAAGGGUGGCUUCUCUACUGCGAAUUAAGCCUAGUAUGGAUGUGGAGAAGAAGACUGAUUUACUGAGGAGACAGAUAAUAACUGCUUCAGCCUUACCCAUGGACUCUUUCACCCCUGACAAGGAGAGAAAAGCAGUUAAAGCUUUGAAGACAACACUGGCAACAAAUUUGGUUGUUAAAAAGAGCGAAUCUAGUCAUGUUAGUAAAAAGCAGAAACUGACAAACUCCUUAGUUGGUGAUUAUGGAGAAUCUAGUAGUGAUUCCAAUUGACGUUAAUAUUUUGUAAAUAUUUGAAAAGUAUUAUAGAACUUGGAGUUUGUAAACUCGCUAGUUCGUCUACAUAACUUGUACAUGUAACAA